AUGUUAGAAAAUAUUAAUUGGAAAAUAAAUGAAGAUGAUGAACAUCAACAAGAAGAGUCAUCAUCUCGUCAUUUACUUAUUGCACUUGAAGAUUUACUUAAACGAAGUCAUAAUAGUCCUAUACAUAUAUCAAAGAUCAAAUAUCAAAGUAAAAGUGUGGACGAUUUACUAAUAAAUCGACAAAACAUAUAUAAACAAACUUCAACAGUUAAUGAUAAUAAUAAUAAUAUUUCAAAAACAAUACUACCAGAACUUGAUUUAUCUGGUAUUGGAUCUUAUGAAGAAAAUAAUGAAUAUGAUUUAGAAAUACAACGAAGUCGAUCAGCACCUGUUUCACCAACGAAAAUCUAUGAUAAAGAAUUAGCUGCUUUUAUUGACUGUGAACAACACCAAUCAAUUACAGAUAGUUUUGUUUAUAAUAUUGAUCUAUCCGAUCAAAACGAAAAUAUACAUCAGCCAAAUUCAAGACUAGCUAUAUUUUUCGAUGAUGAUUAUUUACCCGAAGAAACAAAUUAUGAACCCUCGAUUAGUCUUAUUCAUUCUUCUCUUAUCAGUAAUUGUCUAACAAUAACUGAAGAAAAUGAAGAAGAACUUGAACAAUUAACACGUGAUGAUGAUGAAGAACAACAACAACAACAACAACAAGAAAAUCUUAUAGAAGAAAUUAAUGAAAAUUCAAUAUCAAUAACUACAUUACAUAAUGAUAAUAAUCAAACUGAUACAUAUGAGAAUGAUAAUCAAAUAAAUAAAAAUGAAACACAAGAUAUGAAUAAUCGAUCAGUAAUUUUUUUAGAUAAACGUGAAAAUAAUGUUGAACGUUUGUCAACUAUUUAUGAAGCUCCAAGUCCACAACCUGAAAUAGAAGACGAACUUAAUAAUGAUACAGAUGAUAAAUUAAUUGUUUAUGAUAUUGCAAAAAUUGAUAUAUCAACUAAAUCAUCUACAAUUCAUUCAAAUCAAGAAUUUGAUACUUCAAAUUCUUUAUUCCAUCUUUCUCCGGUUGUUGAACGAAAUCAUAUUAAUUCAUGUUAUACAGAUGCUUUUUUCAAACCAUGUCCUAAUUUUACUAAUAAUCUUUCAGCUUCACGUUUAUGUGGAACAACAAUAACAACAAUGAAUACUUCUAAAGUACAUAAUCCUUCAUCUUUAUUAUUUACUUCAUUGUUAACAACAACUAAUGAUGAAAAUUCAUGUUCAUUACCGGUUAUCAAUGGUCAAAUCAUUUCUUCAUUACUUUCUCCUAAACAGCAAUCAUCAUCACGAUCUUCACCUAUGUUAUUUUCAACGCCAACUGAUGAUCAAUCAAAAUCUAUUAUGGAUAAUAAUAAACUCUCAUCAUCACAACAUAUUAAAAUGAUGAAAGUAAUUCAAUCUUCAUCAUCAAGUUUAUCAGAUUUUAUUUCACCAAUACUAAAAUCACCAUUACAAACUACAAGUUAUCAUGAUGAUAUUCUAAAUGUUCGUCAUUCUCUAACUGAUUGUUCAUUGAUUAAUCAAACUUCAUCAUUAAUCAAUGAAAAUAAUUCAACAAAAAAUCAAAUAUUUGAUAAUCAUGAAAGAAAACCAUCAUCUACUCGACGUAUUCUUACAAAUGGUCUUUUACUUUCACAUUCUUUUAGUAAUCCUACUCCUCGUCGUGUACAAGAUUCUCUUGUUUCAAAUCAUAAUAAUAAUAAUUAUUCAAUAAAACAAAAAACUGAAGAAAAACUUUUAUCCGAUUCAUCAUCAUCAUCAUCAUCAUCAUCAUCAUCAUCAGAAUUACUUUCAUUAUCAGAUGAAAAACUUUUUUCUCGAUCUGUUUUUGUUCAUCAACAAGAACAAAAUAUUUCUCAACAACGUAAAGCAUCUAGUCUCAAAAGUAUUCAUAUAACAACAUCACCACAACCAUCAUCGAAAAUUCUUUAUCCAAUUGAUUUUAAUGCUAAUAACUUAGAUUUAUCUUGGCAUCAAAAACGAUCAUCUCAUACACAUAAAGUACCAACAUCUGAUUCAGGCAUUGUUAUUGAUACACAUCCAACACCGAAAUCAAGUAGUGAAGAUGAUGAUAAUAAUGGUGUCAUCAAUACAAAUCAAAUAAAACAAUAUGAAAUUAAUUAUCAAAAAACUUUAACUGAUUUAACUAUUCUUAAAAAGAAUAUUGUUAAUAUUGAAAGUCGUCUAAAUGAAGUUAUGCGAGAGCUGGAUAUUGAACAAGCAUUAAUUGAAGGAGAACAUGAGUUGGUAUUCAAACAAAUUUUAAAUGCAAGUGAAAGUGAUCAACAAAAGAUACGACAAUUAAAUAAAAAUUUACAACUAUUGAUUGAACGAAUAAUGGCAGAAAAAAAUUCUAUGCGAAAAGAAAUUGAUUAUACUCAUCAAAAUCUUUUACUAUUUGAACAUGAAUUAAAGAUACUUGAGCGACAAUGUCGACCGUCUGAUGAAAAAAUUCUUAAAAAAAAAGAAAUGAUUGCUGUAACUCGUAAAAAAAUUGAAGAUCUUGAAUUUCAAUUUAUGGAAUUAGAAACACGUUGUGAAUCUGAACUUGAAAAAGCUGAAGAACAUUUUCAAACAGAACAAAAACUUGUUACACAAAAUGCUCAAAUGCGACAAAAUACUUUACGUGAUCUUGAUCAUCAACAAUAUAUAGCUUUACAUCAAGCAUUAAUGGAAAAAGAAAAACUUGAACGAGAAAAACAAAAACUCAAAUUAUUUUUUAAACAGAAAAAAUUAGAAGCUAAUGAAUUAGAAAAAAGAAUUUAUGAUACAUGGUCAAAUAUUAAUGGUACUAGUCGUACUGUAUAUCAGUCACUUCCAAUAUAUCGUUAUGGUUCAUUGAAUCAUCCAGAUGGACUUUCAUCACCAAAAAUGGAAAAAAAAGAUAAUCAUCAGGGAAAUUCAAAUGAAAUAAAAGAUAUGAUGACUAAUGUUAAACUAGAAAAAGUAACGAUUCCUAAACAACAAUUACCUGAAAAUCAUAACGAAACUAUAAAACGAAUUGGACUUGAAGAAAAAUUAGCUGAUAAUAUUCAAAAAAUUGAUUAUCAAGUUAAAUUACGUGAAAAAAAUCGAUUACAAGAACGUCCAUUGACACGUUAUUUACCAGUACGUUCAGUUGACUUUGAUCUUCGUGCACAUAUUGAAGGUGCUGGUCAUUUAUUAAAUUCUCCUCAUAUAUCUCUAACAUCAACAUCAUGUCGUGGUUAUCUUCAUAAAAUGGGUGGAACGAAAUUUAAAACAUGGAAUCGUCGUUGGUUUGUAUUUGAUCGUCAACGUCGUUCAGUAUUUUAUUAUCAAGAUAGAAAUGAAACAAAAUUACGUGGUCGUAUUUAUUUUCAAUCUAUUGUUGAAGUUUAUGUUGAUCAUUUACAAUCAAUGUCAUUGAGAUCACCUGAACCACGUGAAGCAACAUUUAUUGUUAAAACAAUUGAACGACCUUAUUAUUUAGUUGCACCAACUGUUGAAUUAAUGCGUUUAUGGGUUGACGUUAUUAUAACUGGUGCUGAAGGAAAUACAUUUGCUGGUGUUUAA